AAGGCCGCCCAGCCAUGUUGAGAAGUCUGUCAGCCCUGAGAACGAUGCGAACUGCAGCCCGCCAUUGUGUUGAAACCAGGCCUCUACGGAGAGAUAGGGGCACUUGGCUAAACUAUUUAGUAGCUUGACAUUUUCUUUCACCCUGUAGCUUUUGUUUUAGAAACAAAUAUAGUUGGCAUAGGUUCCAGGGGAAAGGAAAUGUCAGCCCACAGCCGCAUUGAACAGAGACCGAAAGGCCAAUCAAGUAAAGUGCAAAACGGAGCUGUGACCCAAAAGGAUUCUUUGAAUGAUGAUGAGUUUGAGCCGUACCUGAACACUCAGGCCAGACAGAGCAAUGCCUAUACGGCCAUGUCGGACUCGUACAUGCCAAGCUACUACAGCCCCUCCAUAGGAUUUUCCUUCCUGAAUGAGGCAGCGUGGUCAACUGGUGGGGACCCACCUAUGCCUUACCUGGCCUCCUAUGGACAGCUAAGCAAUGGGGAGCCCCACUAUCUCCCGGACGCUAUGUUUGGCCAGCCAGGGCCCUUGGGGAGCAACCCUUUCCUGUCCCAGCAUGGCUUUAACUUUUUCCCCAGUGGCAUCGACUUCUCUGCGUGGGGCAGUAGCAGUUCUCAGGGACAGUCGGGGACCCCGCAGAGUGCCGGCUACAGCAGCAGUUACGCCUAUGCCCCAGCCGCUCGGGGAGCCAUGAUCGAUGGACAGUCCCCCUUACCUGCCGCUAAUGAGCCCCUCAACAAAGCGCCUGGCAUGAAUUGCCUGGACCAGGGCAUGGCGGGCCUUAAGAUCGGUGGAGCCGCCCCCGGUGGCAGUGGGGAGAUGGCUCCCAAAGUGGUCGGCUCGGGAUUACCUGGUGGAGGACCUCUUGGCCCGUCUCAAUCCGUAGGACCCCCAAUCAUGCCCCCCAUCGCUGUUGUCCCAGCUAAACCUGCCUCCUGGGCGGACAUUGCCAGCAAGCCAGCAAAGCCUCAGCCCAAACUGAAAACCAAGGGUGGCAUGGCGGGGGCCAACCCCCCUCCACCCAUCAAACACAACAUGGACAUCGGCACUUGGGAUAACAAGGGUAACAUGCCCAAAGCCACCGCCCCGCAGCAGGCGCUCCCCAUUCCAACCAACGGGCAGCCGCCCCACCUGUCCUCCCCCCAGCCCGGAGCUACCGCUGGGGGGAACCCUCAACUGCCCCUGAGCAAUGGACAGUUGGGCCCCCCGGUUGGUCAGAUGGGGCAGCAUCAACUGCCAUCCAAUGGGCAGCAAGGAAUGGCUCAGAUGCCCCCUCCUUCUCUCUCCCAGGGUCUGCCCGCUCCCCCUUCCCAGCAGCAGCAGCAGCAGCAGCAGCCCCAACCCACCCGCUGGGUUCCUCCACGGAACCGGGCCAACGGGUUUGCGGACGGUGGGGGCGUGGCGGGCCAAUCACCGCCCGCCGCAUCCGGCGUGGGACCGGUUCCCGGAGUCCCCUCUGAGCCUCACCCGGUCUUGGAGAAGUUGCGGAUGGUCAACAACUACAACCCCAAGGACUUUGACUGGAACCCCAAGCAGGGCCGCGUGUUCAUCAAGAGUUACUCUGAGGACGACAUCCACCGCUCCAUCAAGUACAACAUCUGGUGCAGCACGGAGCACGGCAACAAGCGGCUGGACGGCGCCUACCGGUCGGUGAGGCGCCAAGGGCCCGCUCUAUCUCCCUGUUUCAGUGUCAACGGCAGCGGACACUUCUGUGGCGUGGCGGAGAUGCGCUCUCCCGUGGACUAUAACACCUGCGCCGGCGUGUGGUCGCAGGACAAGUGGAAGGGUCGCUUCGACGUCCGCUGGGUCUUUGUCAAGGACGUUCCCAACAGCCAGCUGAGGCACAUCCGGCUGGAGAACAACGAGAACAAGCCGGUCACCAACUCCCGCGACACGCAGGAGGUGCCCCUGGACAAGGCCCGGCAGGUGCUAAAGAUCAUCGCCGGGUACAAACACACCACCUCCAUCUUCGAUGACUUUUCUCACUACGAGAAGAGGCAGGAGGAAGAGGAAUGUGUCAAAAAGGUGGAGGUCCAGGGCACUGAGCCGUACCCCAGCAACCCAAGCAACAGAAGUCACUACAGACUUCAGGAGCGUCAAGGAAGAGUCAAGUAACUUUGGGCAAAAGGACUGCAAUGCCCCCUCCCUCCCUGUUGACCCCCUCUCUGCCCCUGUCCACCCCAUCUCAUCCAGAUCUCUAAGAAAUUAUAAUGGGGGUGAAGAAUUAACCAAGGACACACAAAAAAAAAAACGUAAUGAAGACUUUCUUGAUUUUCUUUGACUUUAAAGACUUACUUGGAACUUGUAGUAAAAAGAAAAUGAUUAUUCAUAGGAC